AGGCUUGACUCCGCCUUCUUACUCUGCGAGAGGGUCAAUGGGAAGCCUGGAACGCAGAAGAUUCCCGCCUUCGCGAAGUUUGCUAGCGGGAGUAAACUCCGGGCAGAAGUUCUGGUGCCCUUGGCAGCGGCGGCAUGUUCUACGCGGUGCGGAGAGGUAGGAGAAUAGGAGUGUAUGGCACCUGGGAGGAAUGUAACGAACAAGUUCAUAGAUAUCAGUCUGCCAGCUUUAAGAAGUUUGCAUCAAAGAAAGAAGCUUGGGCUUUUAUAAAUGAAGAGUCAGCAGAAUCAUCCAUUUCUUCAACAGAUAUAAAUACUAUCUGUGUUACCUUUCACCUUUGGAUGAAUAAAUUGAUAAAGAGAAAAGAUCAUCUCUUAAUGCCAUGCUUUGGUGAAAAGCCGAACAAUUAUAGCUAUUACAGUAACAACACUACAUCUGAGUCAUAUAACGAAAGAUCAUACAAAAGACAAUACGAAGAGCUUUCAGAGAACAAAUAUACAAAUAAACAUGUAAAAUACACAGAUGUUCCUUAUACUCCUCCGGCAAAUAAGGAUGAAUUCUUAUACAAAGGCCUUGGUGAAAAGCCGAACAAUUAUAGCUAUUACAGUAACAAGGCUACAUCUCAGUCAUAUAAUGCAAGAUCACACAAAAGACGAUACGGAGAGCUUUCAGGGAGCAAAUGUACAAAUAAGCGUGUAAAAUACACAGAUGUUCCUUAUACUCCUCCGGCAGAUAAGAAUGAAUUCUUAUACAUGGGAGAUUAUGUAACUGUUUAUACGGAUGGAUGUUGUUCAAGUAAUGGACGCGAGGCAGCACGUGCUGGAACAGGUGUAUAUUGGGGACCUGAUCAUCCUCUAAAUAAUAGUGAAAGACUUCAUGGACGGCAAACAAAUCAAAGGGCUGAAAUACACGUGUGACAAGCUGGAUCCCAAACUGGAAGAUUAACGGUUGGAAAACCAGUGCAGGAAAAGAAGUAACAAACAGAGAAGAUUUUGAAAGGCUUGCUAAGCUUUCAGAAGGCAUGGACAUCCAGUGGAUGCAUGUUCCCGGUCAUGCUGGCUUUCCUGGAAAUGAAGCAGCUGAUCGAUUAGCAAAAGAAGGAGCUGGAAAAUCGUUAUUUUAGCAUUUUAUUCCCCAAAUACUCCACUUAGUGAUAAGAAUAAAGAUUAAGCUUGUUUCAUGUUAAUUUUUGUUGAGUUUAGAAUGCUUUAGAAUAAAUGAGACCGAUAUUUGGCUUAAAUGGUGAAGAAUGUAAAUGCUUUUUAUGUACCCUAUAUGUUGUCAGAGCAUCUCCUCUAUUUCUCAAACUGUGUCCAAGAGUUGAAUGUUUGCAUCUUAUUAGUUAUGUAAAACAGCAUAUUGGGAAUAUAUAUAUGUAAAAUAACUACUUGCUUGGACAACAAUAUGUUCUUAAGGGUUUGUUUAUCUUGAUUUUGUUGUCUAUACAAAUAUACAAUACGAUAUUUUACAAUUCUCUGCAAUACAGUACAGAAAGGAAAGUACAGCACAGUACAAAAUCAAAAUUACUAAAUCAUACCUUACCUAAUAUGGUGUAAACUCUUGUAUGUAAGACCAAUGUUCACAGUAUAUUCAGGUGUUUAUAUUUUUGGAGCAAAUUGCUUUGUUACUUAUAUAAAUAAAAAGUUCAUUGGUGCUGGCAUACCUAAUAGAUAAUGCUGGCACAAUAAACCUGUUUGC